AUGGCCCCAUUGCUCGACACAAGGCUUGCUUUGUCGACAAGGGCUAUCUUCAACAGCAAGGAAGAAGUUUACAUACUUCAACCCCCAGGUUUUGAGAGUGCUGCUCAUUCUCAUCAUGUGUGCAAGUUGAAGAAGGCUCUUUACGGGCUUAAACAAGCUCCUAGAGCUUGGUAUGACUAUUCUAGGUAUGGACAGUCUUCUGGGAAGCCAAGUGAGCAUAAUACAUAUGCAAAUAUUGAAGCUGUGUAUAAGUGUCUUGAGGAGAGCUAUGGUGCUAAGCAAGAGAAUAUUAUCCUUUACGGCCAAUCUGUUGGCAGUGGCCCCACGUUGAAUCUUGCAGCUCGUCUUCCUCAUUUGAGAGCUGUGGUUCUGCAUAGUCCUAUACUUUCAAGCUUAAGAGUCAUGUAUCCUGUGAAGCGUACAUAUUGGUUCGACAUCUAUAAGAACAUUGACAAAAUCCCAUAUGUUAAUUGUCAUGUGCUGAUUAUUCAUGUAAGUAUGCAAUUUUCAACAUUUUACCUUUUAGAAUUACUUAUGGUAAUUGAAGAACCAUUCUAAUACAGUUUUUAGACAAUUAAGCCAUUGUAUAAGCUAGCAUGAAACUCUUACCUUCUUUAUCUGCCUUGCUUCUUUGUUUCUGUGUUUUUGUGGGUACAUGUAUAUGAUCAUAACCACGGACUUGGAUGACUAAGAUCUUAUGACUUGAUGGCUAUAGUUGAGAGUUUUCCAUGGUAUUUGUCACAUCCUCUCUAAGAUACUUAACUGGUUUUAGAGAGAGAUCCUCAGAAGAAGACAAAUCCAAACUAUAACCAAGACACAUGAUGUCCAAAUUAG